UCAAAAUAACUCUUUAAUCACCCACCAAAAUUGGGUGGGUCUAUGCAAAAUAUACAACUACAAUUCAUAAUAUUUUACUAGCUAGCAACACUGUACGUAGAAGCUUAAAUCAUAACUUGACGAUUAAUUUUAUGUUCCAAUCCACGCGUAUUAUUGGACCACCUACCAAAUUACAUUUCUGACUACGUCAGUAAUAUUACAUAAUUAGUCUUGCACUCCUCGAAAUACAGCGGAUCGAUUGGGGAAACAACAUCCUUCCAUCUGCACAAAUCGAUGUCGUAUAGCCUCUCGAAAUCGGAUUGCAAAUAAAAAACACAAAUAUUCAAGAUCCAAUGAUCCUCGUCCACGAUGAUUCUCCUACGUAUAGCGUUACUCUUGACAUCAAGAAACAGUGCACGAAGUCAUGACGACUUAUAAUAAUGGUAUUAUUAUUGUUGUUACUGUUAUUAGUGUGUGGCGAAACGAAGAUCAGCUUGUAAUUUUAUGAAUGUCGAUCGAAGGCUUGGACGAAAUACCCGUAGGCGGCGGCCUCUGCGGCUCGCGCUCGCGCGAAGUUGGGCUGGUAGCUCAGGGUGUUGAGCUGCCGUGAUGCGACCCGGCAUAUCGGCGAUGGUUUCCGGCGAGCAGCGGGUUAAGAAAAGAAGCUCGGCGGCGGAGAGUGGAAGCAAAGUGAAGCGAUGAAUUUAUUAUAUGGCGAAGCCGAUUUGGUUGCCUAGUGCAGACUGCGACUUACAAAUCCUUUGCUCCAUGGGCUUUGUGGCCCUGGCCCAUAUGACCAUUUUGUUGACUUUAUAUUUUGACCGGAUGCUGAACUUUGCACUUGAGUACCAAGAUAAAUGGAGAGUGACUGUCAAACCGCUAUCCAGAAAAUGAAGGGUGAGGAAGAAUCGAGGCUGGAAGCAGGCAUGGUUGCUAGAGAGCUGAAGGAGCGGGCCAGGUCGAUGGGCCACAGAUCAGGUGGAGCUUCACAAAAAGGCUAGGAAUGAACCGGCCCAUUUAAUGGCCCACUCGAAUUGUAAUUGGGACUCUUCAGAAUCUUGGGCCUUAGGCCUCCUGUGUUCAUCCUUUCUCAGAUUUUUUUUUAACAAAAGCAGGUUUCUGUAAAAAAAAAAAAAAAAUCGAGGGUAAAAAAACAUAGGAGGUGCAGUGCCAAGAAGAUUCGAAGCAUUGGGAGGCCGUGGUACCACUCCCAAGUUGAGGAGGACAGUAGCGUCAUCUGGUCAUUAGGGUUCUUAGAAUUCGUUGGUGGAUUUGUGCCUUUUCUAAUCGAGGAGCUUGAAAUUAAUGGGGAGCGGAAGCAAGAGAGAUAGGGAUUCCCGAAGAUCAACUUCGAACCGAGGCAAGGGCAGAGAAUCGGACGACUCCGAGUCGCAAUCUUCUUCCGGCGAGUCGGCGAGUCGCGACUCCUCUCCUCGGGGUAGGAGCUCCCGGAGUCGCCGCCAAGAGCGUAGCAGCCAUGGCCGGAGCAGAAGCCGUCGUGGGAGUACUCGCAAGGACCGCAGCUCUAGUGACUCCGACAGCGAUAGCGACGAUCAUAGAGGCAAGAGGAAGAAAUCGUCGAGAAAAGUUUCUGAACAAGAAAUUGCCGAGUACAUGGCGAAGAAAGCUCAGAGGAAGGCUAUGAAAGUUGCCAAGAAAAUGAAGGCACAGUCCGUCUCUGGCUAUUCGAAUGACUCCAAUCCUUUCGGUGAUUCGAAUUUGAAUGAAAAAUUUGUAUGGAGGAAGAAGAUUGAGCGUGAUGUUGGCCAAGGCGUGCCAUUAGAUGAUUUUUCGAUGAAAGCAGAGAAAAAGAGGCAAAAGGAAAGAAUGGCGGAGAUAGAGAAAGUGAAAAAGAGAAGGGAGGAGAGGGCACUCGAGAAAGCACAACACGAGGAAGAAAUGGCAUUGUUGGCAAGAGAACGUGCAAGGGCUGAAUUCCAAGACUGGGAGAAAAAGGAGGAUGAGUUCCAUUUUGAGCAAAGCAAAGUCAGGUCUGAGAUCAGGGUUCGUGAAGGGCGAGUUAAACCAAUUGAUGUUUUGGCAAAGCACUUGAAUGUCUCAGAUGAUCUGGACAUCGAAAUCAAUGAACCAUAUAUGGUUUUUAAGGGUUUGACAGUUAAAGAAAUGGAGGAACUUCAUGAUGACAUCAAGAUGCACUUGGAUAUGGAACGAACAACACAAACACAAGUGGAUUAUUGGGAGGCCCUCUUGGUGGUUUGUAACUGGGAACUAGCUGAAGCUAGGAAAAAAGAUGCUCUUGAUCGAGCAAGAGUACGUGGUGAAGAACCUCCUGCAGAGUUGCUUGCAGAAGAAAGAGGUAUGCAUCGUGGCAUUGAAUCCGAUGUGAGAGAUCUUUUGGAAGGUAAGACCUCCAGCGAGCUGGAUGCAGCCAAAUCCAAGAUCGAGCUGUUGUUGAGUUCUGGAGAAGCAAGGGUCGUCGAGUAUUGGCAGGCUGUCCUGAAGCGACUCCAGAUUUACAAGGCAAAGGCCAUUCUGAAGGAGAUCCAUGCUAAGAUGUUGCGAACCCAUUUGAACCGUCUUGAACCAACUUCAGAAAUUGACUACAAGUCAGAAAGCGACCAUGAUUUAAGGCCGAUUAAGGAGGAAAGUGAGCCCGAGGAGAAAGAAGAUCUUGAGCCCUUUCCCCAGGAGCUUGUGGAGGAAACUCAAGAGCCAGAAGAAGAAGAGGCUGGAUCAUUCUCUCCAGAGCUCUUACAUGGCAAUGAUGAUGAUGAUGAAGCAGUGGACCCUGAAGAGGACAAGGCUAUAUUGGAAAAGAAGCGGAUGGCUGUGCUGGAGGAGCAGCAGAGACGAAUCCAAGAAGCGAUGAAAUCAUCAAAACCGCCUCUGCCUCCACCUCCGGAGGAGACCCAAUUUGAGAUGAAAGCGUUCAAAGCCAUGGGAACGAUGGAGGAAGGCGAUGCAGUGUUCGGAUCUGGUGCGGAAGUGAGUCUGGACUCGCAGGUGUAUUGGUGGCACGACAAGUACCGGCCCAGGAAGCCUAAGUACUUCAACAGAGUGCACACCGGUUAUGAGUGGAACAAGUACAACCAGACCCACUAUGACCACGACAACCCGCCUCCGAAAAUAGUUCAGGGUUACAAGUUCAACAUCUUCUACCCCGACCUCGUCGACAAGAUCAAGGCUCCAAUAUACACGAUUGAGAGGGACGGGAGCAGCGAUGAGACCUGCAUCAUCCGGUUCCAUGCUGGACCACCUUACGAGGACAUUGCUUUUCGGAUUGUGAACAAGGAGUGGGAAUACUCUCACAAGAAGGGAUUCAAAUGCACGUUUGAGCGUGGGAUAUUGCAUGUCUACUUCAACUUCAAACGUCAUCGCUACCGCCGAUGAUUUACGAGCAGCCUUAUCGGGAACUUUAUAUUUCCUUCUGCCAUUAGAGCAGAGUUGGCAGAUUUUUGUUUUUUGUUUUUGGAGUAGAGACUACUUAGGAUCUUACGGACUUGUUUUUGUAUCAGUGUAUGGUAUCAUCUUUUAUGUAAUUUUGUGAAUCUAUGUAACUUUUGGAUUGAACCAUUAAGUUUGAGCCUACAAACUUAGCAUUGAGUAUUUCGAAAGUAACUAUUGCGGGUUGUUUGAUAGUUGGGUUUUGGGUGCUGAUUUGGUACUCAUUUUCAUGGUUUCACAAAAUCCAAUGUUUGGCAGCACAGGAAAUGGGGAAUGAAAUCCAGGAAACAUGGGUUUGUUAACUCUUUGGUUCCAUAUUCGUCGACCUUUGUAGAAAAUGCUUGGAUUCAUCAAUUUACGGUAGUGGCAGGAAGGAGAAUGGAAGAAAAGCAAUUCAUUUUAUAUAAUUCGAGUUAUACCCAUAUUUUUAAAUUCAAUACAAUGUAAAUCCAUCGAAUGGUUUGAAAGAAGUAGUUAUUAGAAUGAAAGAAGUAGUUAUUAGAAGUAGAAUGGAUGUUGGAUUAGAUGGACAUGUUUUGGAGUACUGAAAUUCACAGUAGAAUUUGUUGAACAAGUAAAAUAAAAAAGAGCGAUUGAAUUGAAAUAAAAUCUAGAGUAAAUUUUCAAACGUACA